AUGUAUAUCCGACGAGAAAGUGAGAUCAUCUGGAUUCACGUAGUAACGUUCCUUUGUCUUUGUGACUGGACCGCCUCGCAGAUAUCCUACUCGAUUUUCGAGGAGGUGAACAAAGGCACUGUAGUGGGGAAUAUCGCAAAGGAUUUAAACGUCAACCUGCAGGAACUGGAAGCCAGAGAUCUGCGUAUUGUUUCGAGUUACAGUAAGAAAUAUUUUGACGUGAAUUUGCGGACCGGAAACAUCUUUGUCGACGAGAGAAUAGACCGAGAAGAGCUUUGUCCUAAUUUGGAAAAAUGCUUGUUGAAAAUACAAGCUGUUUUAAACAACCCCAUGACUGCACACCGCGUAGAGAUCAAUGUUUUGGAUGUAAACGACAACCCACCUGCUUUCAUUGAACACACGUAUUAUUUGAAUAUUUCCGAAUCAUCGUUGACGGGAGAGCGAUAUCUUCUCCCCAUAGCAGUAGAUGCAGACAUCGGUGGGAAUUCAGUAAAGACAUACAAGCUGAGUCAAAGUGAACAUUUUUCUCUUGAUGUGCAAAGCGGUGGAGAGCACGGAGUGUCCGCUGAGUUAGUGCUGCAGAAAGCUUUGGAUCGAGAGAAACAGUCGGUAAUUAAACUUGUCCUGACGGCUGUAGACGGAGGCAGACCUCCUAGAUCCGGAUCUAUACAAUUGAAUGUUAAUGUUAUAGACGUCAAUGAUAACAUACCCACUUUCAGUAAAUCUUUAUAUAAAGUGCGUGUGAAAGAAAACGCGACUCCCGGUUCCCUUGUAAUUAAGUUAAAUGCAACCGAUACAGACGAGGGCAUGAACAGUAAGAUCCUGUAUUCGUUGGUCAAACGAGGCAAUAUUGAUCCAUCAAAUAUUUUUGAUCUAAAUUCAGAAACUGGAGAAAUUACUGUGAAGGGAACAUUAGAUUAUGAAGAGACUCCUGCUUAUGAAGUCAGAGUUCAAGCUAUGGAUCAAGGCUUAUCUCCUCGUAGUGCACAUGCCAAAUUAUUAAUAGAGAUAAUUGAUGUGAAUGACAAUGCCCCAGAGAUAUCAGUGACGUCACUGAUGACGCCUGUAAAAGAAGACGCAGAGCUGGGGACAGUAGUUGCUUUUCUCACAGUGAGUGAUACAGAUGGAGGAAACAAUGGUGUAGUUAACUGUAAGGUAGAGGGCUCUGUUCCUUUUAAACUAAAGUCCAACUACAAAAACGACUAUUCAUUAGUAGUAGAUGGACCAUUGGACAGAGAAAACACUUCUCUUUACAAUGUCACCAUUACAGCUGCAGACGAAGGAAUUCCACCUCUGUCCAGCACCAGGGUCAUUACUGUUCAUGUUUCUGAUGUCAAUGACAACUCACCUCGUUUCAUGGAGCCUGUGAUAAAAAUUUAUGUGAAAGAAAACAGUGCAACAGGAUCAAUUAUUCAUAUGAUAAAUGCCUCUGAUCCUGAUUUGGACAGUAAUGCAAAACUGACUUACAGGUUGUUAGAUAACUCUCAAAAAAAGAUUCCAAUUUCGUCUAUUGUAAACAUCAACUCAGAAACAGGAGAUAUAAUCAGUCUGCAGUCUUUUAACUUUGAGGAGUUGAAAACGUUUCAGUUUAAAGUUCAGGCCACAGACUCUGGUGUUCCUCCGCUUAGCAGCAACGUGACUGUGAACGUUUUUAUCCUGGAUGAGAAUGACAACAGUCCUUCGGUUCUUUCUCCAUAUUCUGAGCACGGUUCCGUUAACAGUGAGAGCAUCCCAUAUUCUGCUGAAGCGGGAUACUUUGUGGCAAAGAUCCGGGCUGUAGACGCAGACUCUGGAUACAACGCACUGCUUUCUUAUCACCUCUCUGAGCCAAAAGGAAACAACCUCUUUCGGAUUGGAACCAGCACCGGGGAAAUCAGGACUAAGAGGAGAAUGAGUGAAAAUGACUUGAAAACUCACCCCUUGGUGGUGCUGGUUUCUGAUAAUGGAGAACCCGCCCUGUCAGCUACUGUGUCUAUAGAUGUGGUGGUGGUGGAGAACACAGCUGACAUCCAGACCCAGUUCAGACAUGUGCCCACAAAGGACGAUGGCUUCUCUGAUUUAAACCUGUAUCUGCUGAUCGGCAUCGUGUCGGUGUCAGUCAUCUUUCUGCUGAGCCUCAUCACUUUAAUAGCUGUCAAAUGCCACAGGACAGACAGCAGUUUCAGCAGGUACAGCGCCCCAAUGAUCACCACCCACCCUGACGGGAGCUGGUCUUACUCGAACGCUACUCAGCAGUAUGACGUCUGCUUCAGCUCAGACACGCUCAAGAGUGACGUAGUGGUUUUCCCCACACAGUUUCCGCCUGCAGAUGCGGAGCUGAUCAGCAUUAAUGGAGGAGAAACUUAUACCAUGACUCAAACUUUACCAAACAAAGAUAAGGUGAGUCGACAUCUCCACUGA